CUCCUCUUCUUCCGAAAACCUAAAAGCUGCCGGCUGGCGCGCGCUCUGUAAUUAUUCCACUCUCGCGAAGCUGAGUGCCGACAGCCAAAAGCUCCGCGCCACUUUCCAUCUCUCUACCCCUCCGCACUGCGAUUCUGUUAGGGUGAGCGGACGGUUUCUCGGCAGCCCCCCCCCCCCACAACACCUGGACCAGGGCGUUUGUCGGGACACGGGGGCCGUCUAUAGAGGAGUCUCGAGCUCGUGACAAAUGCUCGAGACCCGCGGCAGGUGCCCCCAGGCCCGAUGGGGAGGGAGACGAGCAGAACAGUGAUGGGACAGUUUUCGGGAGGAUGCUACUUGACUUUUUCCGUCCUCGUGCUCCUUGGUUUGCAAGUCCCAGCCGCGGUAGCUCGAGGUCCCCGGGGUGAAGCCCUGCAGCAUGGCCAGUCUGGGACCCUGCCUCGUUUCCUGGAGGAGCCUGUUGAUGCCUACAUCAUCAAGAGUAACCCAAUCAAGCUCAGAUGCCAAGCCCGGCCUGCUCUCCAAAUCUUCUUUAAGUGCAAUGGUGAAUGGGUCCACCAGAGCCAGCACAUGUCUCAGGAGCACACUGAUGUUGGGACAGGGCUGAAGAUCCGUGAAGUUAUGAUCAACGUGUCGCGCCAGCAAGUGGAGGACUUUCAUGGCCCAGAGGAUUACUGGUGCUUGUGUGUUGCCUGGAGCCACCUGGGAACCUCCAAGAGCCGCAAGGCAACUGUCCGGAUUGCCUACCUGAGGAAGAACUUUGAACAGGACCCUCAAGGCACUGAGGUGCCUUUGAAUGGCAUGAUUGUGCUGCACUGUCGUCCCCCAGAGGGAGUGCCUGUGGCUGAGGUGGAGUGGCUAAAAAACGAGGAGGCUCUCAGCUUUGAUGACGACGGUGUCAUCGAUAUGAGGGGCGACCAUAAUCUUAUCAUCUCAGACGCCCGUCUCUCUGACUCUGGAAACUACACCUGCGUUGCCAGCAACAUUGUGGCCAAAAGACGCAGUGCUACAGCUACAGUUGUGGUAUACGUGAACGGAGGCUGGUCAUCGUGGACAGACUGGUCCCCCUGUAACGUCCGCUGUGGACGAGGUGUGCAGAAACGUUCGCGAACUUGCACAAAUCCAGCUCCUCUCAACGGAGGGGCCUUCUGUGAGGGCAUGUCGGUACAGAAGAGCACAUGCAACACAGUUUGUCCAGUGGAUGGUGGCUGGGGGGAGUGGAGUGAGUGGUCAGUGUGUGGUUCAUCCUGCGAGAGGCAACGCAGCAGAGAGUGUACAGCUCCAGAGCCCAAACAUGGAGGUCGACUGUGUGACGGGGUGGCAGUGGCCGUGGACAACUGCACCGGCAGCCUCUGCACACAGACAGAUCGGAAGCUGCUUCAUGAUGCUAAGCCACGCGGUGCAGAGAGCACCAGUGAUGUGGCCUUAUACUCAGGCCUGGCUGCAGGCGUGGUGACCGUGGUGUUGCUGAUAGUUGCUGUCACUCUUUACCGACGGAGCCAGAGCGAGUAUGGUGUUGAUGUUAUCGACUCCUCCGCCCUUACUGGAGGCUUCCAGUCUUUAAGCUUCAAGACCUCCCGACAAGCAAACCCCCUGCUUAUUAAUUCAUCCAUGCAGCCCGAUCUGACUGUGUCACGUACCUACACCAGCCCCAUGUGUUUUCAGGACUCCAUUGACAAAGAGAUAAUGGCUGAACGCUCCCUUCUUGACACGCUGCCUGACCUCAAGGCCAAAGGGACAACGGAAAGGGCAGAGUACCACGUCGUGUCCCACCCUCAGACAUUUCCGCGGGGCUUGGCUCCAGACUACAGAGGGGUUGCAGUGGGGACAACGCUGGGCAGAAGAGGCAAAAACCUUUUCACUCCACAAGUCUGUCUGACUCCCAGCAGGCCUCUACACAAAGCAACUGCAGUGUUUGGCCACGCUGGAGGCAGGCUGGUGGUACCUAACACAGGUAUCAGUCUGUUGGUGCCUCAUGGGGGAAUUGCAGAAGACACUACCUGGGAAAUGUACAUGAGCAUCAACCAGGAGGACAGCAGCACUGUGUCCGAGGAUGGGUCGGAGAUCUUUCUGAGCCCUGCAGUCACAUAUGGUCCACCAGGCCUUGACCUGUCCUGUCCCAUAGCCAUGACCAUAGCACAUUGUGUGGAAGUUCCUCCUGAUAACUGGACCAUCCGGUUAAAGAGACAAAUCCAGGACAAGUGGGAGGAAGUGAUGUCUGUGGAUGAGGAGAGUACAUCCUGCUACUGUCUGCUGGAGGCUCAGAGGUGCCACGUGCUGCUGGGGCAGCCGGGUCGUUACGCACUGGUGGGGGAGCCCCUGAACCAGGAGGCAGCAAAGCAUCUAAGACUGGCUGUGUUUGGGAGUCCAGACACCAGCAACUCUCUGGGCUUCACCCUCAGGGUGUACUGUGUGGACGACACACCCCAUGCAUUUCAGGAGGUGGCCGUGGGAGAGCGCAGCAGGGGUGGACGGCUGCUGGAAGAACCUAAAAUUAUGCUGUUCAGGGGGAACACUUUCAGCCUCCAGGUGUCCAUCCAGGACGUCCCACAGUUACUCUGGAGCAUCAAGCCUUUCACCACCUGCCAGGAGUUCUCCUUUUCUCAGGUGUGGGCCAGUAACCAGCGUCCCCUGCAGUGUGCCUUCUCUUUGGAGCGAUACAGCCACUCCUCGUCCCAGCUCUCCUGCAAGAUCAGCAUCCGGCAGGUCACAGGAGAAGAGCAGAUACUCCAGAUCUAUACAUCUGUGGAGAAUGAAAAGGGAGUGGUUCCCUUUUUCACUCAGUCAGACUGUACGGUCACCUCUCAGACAGGGUCGAGGGCUUUCAAAAUCCCCCUGUCCAUCCGUCAGCGGAUCAGCGCCACCUUUGACGUCGCUAAUGCCAACGGGAAGGACUGGCAGCUCUUGGCUCAAAAGCUCCACAUAGACAGGAACCUGUGCUACUUUGCAUGCCAGGAGAGUCCGUCCUCGGUGAUUCUGAGUCUGUGGGAAGCCCAGCACCAGGACUCUGGAGACCUGGACUCGCUGGCCAGUGCCCUUGAGGAAAUCGGCAAGGUUCAGUCCCCCAGGGGCACCGCCACUCUUGGCUGCAACAAGGAGGACUCUGAAUACACAAAAUUUGGGUAGGGAAGGUCCAUGGCAGAUCACAUCAUGACGAACCUUUACUGCAUGACACUGAUGAUCAGGUGUACUGACUAACCUAAGGAGAGGAGCAGACUGUUAUUAAAGGAGCACCUCUGCUAAAGCAAAUGGUCCGUACAGACACAACAAAGUCAAGAUAUGACCAAGAGGAAGGUAAAAAUUACAAGACAUUUGGUAAGGGGUAUCAGUAUGCCACAUACCAAACUUUGAGAAAUAUCCACUUCUGUCAUCCCUGAAGACCAAUUCAAUCACCUGUAUUCAAAGAUUGUAGAUGUAUGUGUGAAGAAGACUCCUAAUAGGAAUGACUGCCAAACAGGUUGUUGUUGUGACCCAGUACACAGUACUUGCCAUCAAACAGUCCUCUGGGUAAUGAAAAUGUUUCAUGUAAUAAUGUCAUUACAGACAUUUGUCAUUAAUUUUCUAGAUCUCCUGUUGCUUUCUUUUCUGAACUGUGUGUUUAAUGUUUCUGACGUUUGAUUUUUAAAAAGAAAAGGAAAAAGAAAGGAAAGAGGAAAAACAAAAAGUAGGGAACUUUUCUGUCUUGUCCAUCCCGUGAAGUCAGAGACAACAACCAGGAGUUAUUUAAAAGAAGUUAGGUCCUGAUGUGUCAAAUGGAGAAUCCCACCCGUGAGCACAUGAGAAUAAUUUCAACCUCACGGAUGGAAAAUCAUCAAAGCGACGACUGCAGCGGAGAACCCGGCCGAUCUGUGCCUCAUCUGAAAACGCAGACAGAACUAAACCACAUCCCUUGAUGUCAAGUAAUCAACGUGUGGAGAAUUUAGAGGAAAUCUAAUGUUUCACUAUGAAACAUGUGACUUCAUACUAAAUGGAGCAGGGGAGAUUACAAACCCUGCAAAUUACUGGCACCAGUUAGGAUUUGUGUAUUUUUAAGACUCCUUAGAGCUUCUUUUUUGUUCUCUUUUUUUCUUUAUUUAAAUUUUGAUGUUUGGCUUGACUGGAGCUGCUUCUCUUGGACUAGAUCAUCAAAUACCUGAGCAUCAUGAUUUGAGGACACUUCAGUAGCCCUCGCUCCCUCUCCUAUGUCAUCUCAACAGAGCCAGCAUCUGCUUAAAAUCCCCACAGUCAGUUGCUCCAUUUGCCCCUCUACCUAAUAAAGUGACACUGUGUUGAA